AGAGCGGCCAUGAGGGUCUAUCCUUAUAUUAUAUCUAUAACGUAACGAUCGCUCUCCUCAACAUGGAACUCUCCUUACUUUAAUAAAGCUCUCUAUCCCGAACAUGUGUGCCCCCUGCUGGUGUGGCGGUAGUAGUGCAACACUGCUUCCCUCAACCUAGCUGUCGCCAUGGUAACCACUGUCUGCUCUCCAGUUCCAGGCCAUGAAGGCUGCCUGGUGUUUGGGACGGUCGAGGAGACGCCUUGUGUCUUCAUGAAGGGACACUUCCACCUGUACGAAGGUUACUCCCUCUGCCAGGUGACCUUCCCAGUUCGGAUCUUCAAGCUGCUGGGUGUGGACUCUCUCCUGGUGACCAACGCCUCGGGGGGGAUCUGUCCGGACUUCAAGGUCGGGGACAUCAUGGUGAUCCGGGAUCACAUCAACCUGCCAGGUUUCGCCGGCCAGCACCCUCUGUGCGGACCCAACGACGAGCGGUUCGGGACGCGGUUCCCCUGCAUGUCGGAUGCCUACAGCAAAGAACUGCGGACGUUGGCGCUGGACGUGGCCUCUGACCUCGGCUGCAGCGUCCGCACCGGCGUCUACUGCAUGGUGAGCGGACCCAACUUCGAGACCAUCGCCGAGGCCCGCAUGCUGCUGACGCUGGGCUGCGACUGCGUGGGAAUGUCGAUGGUCCCUGAAGUCACCGUGGCGAAGCACUGCGGACUCAGAGUUCUGGGUUUGACCCUCGUCACCAACAAGGUGUCCCUGGACUACAGCCGUGAGGAGAAGGUGAACCAUGACGAGGUUCUGGAGAUCUGCAAGAUGAGGGCGGAGCUUCUGCAGAAGCUGGUCUCCACUUUGAUUGGCCGCUGUCAGCAGAACAUCAACACACACUGAGACGCACACACACACACACACACACACACACACACACACACACACACACACACACACACACACACACACACACCUGUCGCUGCUCCUGGUUUCCAGUCGAUCACAAUAAAAGUGAAG